AUGAUGGUAGACUUUGGCUUUGCUUCAAUGGCCAUUAUCCUCGGUGUCACCUUCGUUGAAGCCCCUCGAGACGAAGGUGGAUACGCAAUGUCAAAGAUUUCGAUGGCUUCAUUCACGCUCACCCAAGCAAUCGGCACCGCACUCGCGGAGUUAUACGGCCACUUCAUCAGCGACAGACUUCCUUUAUACCUGUUCCACCGAAAGUCCAAGUCGCAGGACAUUGAACCUACAGAAUGGCGCCCGGAAUACCGGCUUCACUGUCUCUGGGUCCCAGUGAUAAUGCUUCCCAUAGGCCUUGGCCUAUUUGGUGCUAGUUUAGAGUACCAUUACCAUUGGGUGCUUUUGGCACUCGGCUUUCUUCUCCUCACCUUCGGUGCUAUCUCCCUUCUCCCGGUUGCAAUGACGUAUCUCUGUGAAUGUUUCCCGAACCAUGUUUCAGAGGUGUCGGCAGGGAUGGGAGUUUGGAGGCUUAUCUUGGGAGUUCUCUCGGCUGUCUUCAUCGCCCCAUGGAACGAUAGAGUUGGUCCGGGAUGGCUGUUCGGCACUGCUGGGUUGAUUACGCUCCCAGCUUUUGGAGGGGUGAUUGUCCUCAUGGUAUGGGGGAGACAGGUGAGGCAGAUGGGGAUUCGUAGAUUGAGAAGUUGA